CAUCAUUGUGUUAUACAACGACAUUGGCUCUGCAACCAGAAAUGCCACAAGCCACAACUGAUUUGGCCACCCAGCUAUUCAACAGUGCGAAAGAUAAUAGAAAUAAUAUCUUUUCGUCGUUACCAAAUCAUGAGAUUGAAGCCGAAAACAGUAUCAAUUUCAUUGGUUACAAACAUUCAACCAUAGUUUAUGAUGUCUCAUCGUAUUGUUUGAGUACAGAAAAUGAAAAAAAUCAACAUGACGACAGUGAUGAUGGCGAUAGCGAAAGUUCCGAAAUUGAGCUAGAACUAAAUGAACAUUUUAAUAAAUCGAUCGAUUUUACUUUACUACAAAAAUUAGUGCUCUUAGUAUUGAAGGCCAUUGCUGUUACCGUAAGACCGAUCGGAGGUGGUGAUUCAUCGGAUAGUUCGAUGGAUAGUUGCAGUAGCAGCAGUAGUGUGGAAACAGUUGAAAAUGAUUGGACACAUAUUGAGCAAGUAACAAAGGAUGCGUUCGAAAAAAUUCAAUCUUUUUUGAGAAAUAAAUUGAAUUUUCAUCCCGAAACGCAUUUCAGCAAAGUGAUAGUGCACCUGUUCAGCAAUCAAGAUGAUUAUUUACUUGAAGCAAUGCUGUGUAUGUUGGGUACAACUAUUGCUUUUUUACCACGACAACCCCCAUUCGGCAGUACAACAAACCGUCAAUCGAGCAAUUCAAACAAUGAUCGGCCAAUAUUACGAAUGCUUAUCGAAAUAAUUAGUCCAGUGUACACUUUUUUAGAAUUUUUAGAAUUAAUUCAAUACGGUAUGCAAACAAUGCUCGAUUUUUUAAUCACUGAUGAGACUUGUUUCCUCCUCUAUUUUCUGCGUUUCCUCAAAUACAUUCGCAGUGACUGGACAAUGUUUCAAAAACAAUGCAACAAGUGGCAUAGUUCAUCCAGUGCUAUGCGAACUAACUGUCAUUCCGAAAAACAACCAUAUAAACGUGUGAUGGACGUUCUGAUUCAGCUGCGCUUGAAAUUGGAUCGUUUGGUGUUCCAGAGACUAUUUCCAUAUGAUAUUACACCAUUGCUUCAACUAAUGCGUCAGUGUGAAAGCCUCUACGAAGAAAACUAUGGACUUUGCUAAAUAAUACGUAAAAAAUGAAGUAAAAA